AUGUUUAAAUUGCAAAAUGUACUUUUUCUUCGGAAUAAUUUAUUUGGAUUGAAAUUAGCAAGAAUUAAUGCACAACAACAACAUCAAAUGCAUACAAAAUGUUCUCAACAAGCUUAUACAUGGAAAUCGGAAAUAUUAGCAAAUGAAUUUUCACUAUUGACUGAUGAAAAGAUGAAUUCUGCUCCCUUCCGAUUUAUUCAACCCUUGUUGAGACACUUUUCGGAAAGAGUUAAUAAUAUGGAGAAUGUUGGAGGUUUUAAAGAACCAAUACCUGUUCAAUAUUUAAAUGAUUUGAGUUGUUCAAUGAUGAAGAAUAUUCAAUUUUCAACAAGCAUGACUGAUGAUAGUGAAUGGUUUAGGAAAUUAAAAUUUGUGGAUCAGGACUUUAUUAUGGCCAAUGUAUCGUCCGAAAAAUUGGAAGAAGGGUUUUGGUAUGAGAGGCAUAUUUGUGAAACGAGUCAAGUUCCUACUCGAUUCAAUAAUUUGCACGAUUUUUAUGGGUUUCUGAUAUGGAUGACCUUUCCAAAGACAAAGAGAUUGUUCAAUUUGUUGCAUAAUCAAAACAUGUUGGAGAGGGAUAAUCCACAUUGUAAGAAGAGAUCACCCACACAAAAUUUCCUUACACUUUUUGAUGAGUGUGGUGUGUUGGUGUGUAUUGAGGAAAAUCAUUUCGAGGAGUUGAAGAGUUUGCUAUACAACAUGGAAUUUAAAGAACUAUUUUGGAAGAGGAGAGAGGUAGUGGAGGAAAACAUGCUGUUUAUCAAUUUUGGACAUUCAAUAUUGGAAAUGCUUACAAUGAGACCUUACAUUGGAUAUACCACAAAGUUUACAGCCGUACCUGUUAAUUCUGAAACAUGUAAGUCUUUAAUCGCCAACUUUUGUUCACAGAGAUAG